AUGCCUCCGCUUCGGACGGACCGUGCAUCCAAGGCGUGCACCACCUGUCGGCGGCAGAAGACGCGAUGCUACCGAUCGGAAAGUGGGCCCGGCACAUGUCUUCGUUGCCAGACCCUCAAGCAGCCGUGUUCUCUUGAGCUGCAGGAUGAAGAUGCCGUGACCAUUCAGGGGCCGGCCUCCGGCCACGAUCCGGCCCACGAUCCGGCCAUCUACCAAAGGCUGGACCGGUUGGAGCUUGCUCUAGGCAAGCUAGUAGAGCGGAUUGAUACACGCCUCGACAUUGUGGCGCCCAUAUCUAAACCCAUUUUAAUGGAUGGCUCGCUAUCAUCUCUAUCAAGAGCUGCAGAUGAGGAAAGAUCCUCGGAGGAGCCCGACGAACCACCUGUCAUGGUAAUCCGUGAUGCUGCCACCGAGAUCGGCAUUCACUCACCAAACGACACAUAUGCUUCACCGGCGAAUCAGUCUCACAUUCUCUCCAAGGGGUUCCUCUUGUACGAGGAAGCAUGUCAGCUUCUAUCCAUAUACUGUAUCGGAACACGACGGAAGGCGGUGCUCCACCAGAAUGAUAUUGACGCCUGCAAGCGUCUCGUCGACCGAGUAGACCAACAUCGCUUGUCCAACUUUGAGAUGCGCAUGGUGGCUGAGGUCAAAUUAUACUGGAUCAUUUACACCUAUUCCACUGAUUCUCACGUUGAUGUUGGGGCCGCCGACGUAGCGUUGCGGUCGUGGCGUACGGAAUGGGAGUUCUUAUUUGAACAACCGCGAUCGCAAUUUUUGCAAAUGGGGUUCGACUUCGCUCAGUUACUCACCUUGAGGCGAGCAGUCAAAGCCAAUCACAGCCGGAUGGGUAACUCCCGGCUCGCAAAGCUCAUCCAACUCACCACCUCCAUCAUCAAUCUCGCGAUGGAGACAGCCGAUGAGCGCACACAGCACCUCACCGAUCACAUAUACCACAUCGUCAUCUUUUCCGCCAUCACGCUCUGUCAGCUUCUCCGCAAGUACGAAGACCAGCUUCAACACACCCAGGACGUUCCCGCGUUAGACUCGCUAGUCGCCAGGCUGGUCGUGUGGUUGCGAUCUAUCGGGCUGCGCUGCCACGUCGCGCGUAUGCUCGGCGACUUGCUCUCCGCCCAGCAUAGGAGGCUGCGGCCGGGGGGCAGUACUCCGUCCGGGAACUCGGUGUUGGUGGGUGUGCCGACGACGAAUGCCAUGUUCCCGCACAUUGUUACGACCGAGAUGUUGAACGGGGUUGAUACCAAUUUGUUGCUCGAUUUAUGGCCGCCGUGGGAUUGA